AUGAUUCAGGCAACAACAAAGACUAAAAAGGCUCAUAAAAAGAAGAAAACAUUAGAUGCUAAUGUAGAACAACCAGCGGCCAAUGUGGAACAACCAGCUAUCAAUGUGGAACAACCAUCUACCAAUGUAGAAUCAGCAACACAGGCUUCUGGUUUGGACAAGUAUUAUGACUGGGAUGAUGAGACAUUGGAAGCAUUUAUGAGUAAUGAUAAGGUCAAGAGAAUGAUACCAAAGAACAAGGUGAAGAAAAAUGAUGAUUUGACAUGUGCAAGAAGUAAGAGUGACAAACUAAGGAAACUGAAAACAAGAGACAUAGUUGGCCCUGGUAAAGAACCUGAUGAUCCAUUGGUGAUUAUUGAAGAGGAAACCACGGUAUAUGUCCUUGGUGGUGCUAAGACAUCAAAAAGUUGGGCAGACAUUCGCAAGGGCCUUACACGAUGA